GCGCAAAUGAGCACACCAAACGCCAUACGUUCGAGCGAGAUGUCUGACCAGUCCGUCACCGAGAAAGGUACCGAAGCACAAGCCGUCGACGAAACGCAGGAGAAAUCAUCCGAAUUGACCUGGCGAUCAGGCCUUGCAUUGGCUGGCAGCGCAUUGGCGUACUUCUGCACAGUGGGCUUCAUGAAUGCGUACGGUGUCUUUCAACAGUACUACACCGCCCACUACCUUCCCACCUACUCCAACUUCCAAAUCUCCUGGAUUGGCUCUUUCGCCAACUUCACUCUCUUCGCCGUUGCUCCCUUGGGCGGAAUGCUUGCCGACCGCUACGGGCCCACCAUUCCCAUCCUGAUCGGCUCCAUCCUACAAGUCGUCGCCAUCUUCAUGGUGUCGCUCUGUCGCGAGUACUACCAAUUCUUCCUCGCGCAGGCUCUCCUCCUUGGUAUUGGCAUGUCCCUCGUCGCCAUCGCGACAUCCACUAUCGUACCCAUGCACUUCAAGAAAACAAGAGGCACGGCUCAAGGCAUUUCGAUCGGCGGAUCCAGUCUCGGCGGUAUUAUCUGGCCUCUCGCGCUGGACCAGAUGUUGAACAAAGAUGGAAUUUCCUUCGGCUGGACAAUGCGGAUCAUCGGUUUCAUCAUGAUUCCCCUGCUUGCUCUGGUCCUCGUCUUCCAAGACGAGUCCUUGAAGCCCAAGAAGGACUUCUCCGCUCUCCGCCAACCCGCCUUCAUAUUUUUGUGCGCUGGUCUCGCGCUGGCCUACUUUGGGUUCUUCGCGCCAAUCUUCUACAUCUCCGUCUACGCCACUCAUCUCGGCUUCAGUGAGAACCUCGCCUUUCAUCUCGUGUCCAUCCUCAACGCAGCCUCUCUCGUCGGACGUAUCCUACCAGGUAUCCUCGCCGACCACUACCUGGGGCACUUCAAUACUCUCACCAUCUCCAUGGUCUUGUCAGGAGUUGUGGUCUUCUGUUGGACUCAGGCGACUUCCGUGGCGGGACUCAUAGUCUGGACAAUGGCAUAUGGAUUCGCAUCUGGUGCCAUUUUAAGCUUGCAGCUAGCUUGUGCGACGGGAUUGGUGCCGGACAGCAUUAGAGGUGCGGCUAUCGGAGCAGCGAUGGGCAGUGUGAGUUUGACCGGCUUGUUCGGCGCGCCUAUUGCGGGAAAGCUGGUGGAGAUGGGCUAUGGUAGCCUGUCCGGAUUUGCGGGCGCCAUGCUGAUGGGCGGAGUCGGGAUGGUGGGCUUGUCGAGGUUUGCGAAGAACAGGGAGCUUUGGGUCAAGGCGUAA